AUGGGCUGUGGUGCAUCAUUGCCAGCGUCAGACAAAGGCAAGAACUUUGCACCACAGGGUAUCACAAGGCCUGUGUACAGGGGAACCGGGGCCGCCGAUGCAAUGGGUUACAUUCUUGAAGAUAACCCCGGCUUUAUCACAACUAAACGUCCUGGUGAUUUCCACCGUCAAAAUGUGGAUUCUGCGGCCUACUUCACUUUCGAUAAAGAGUAUGCUCGGUCAUGUCGCCCACCAGCAGGAAAGAUAAUCAGGCAGGAUAUUCCGCGAGAGAUGCUGCACUCGAACAAGGCGUACAAGUUCGAUGAUGUGCCCACCGAUGACUGGAGACGUUUUGUGGAAGCAAAUCGUAGACAAGAACGAAUUCAACAAGGCAAGAUGCGGAAAGUACAGCACAUGGACAUUAUUGAAGGGCCUGUUUCAGAUACAAGCACAAAGAACUUCACCAAGGACCAACCCCCAAUUCCUGCUGCCAGAUUCAAACCUGCUCGGAAUCAACGCGGAGAUGAAUAUGUACAGCAGAUCGCUUUCAAGAAUCACAUGAUACAGGAGGUCGCAAGGUUGCCAAAAAGACUAACGGAUUGA